GCGUAGACGUCAUCGACAUGGCAAGUUUUCGUUCUUACGUUUGGGAUCCUAUUUUGCUGGUAUCACAGAUGAUAACAAUGCAGUGUCUAUUUUACGUGAGUUUGGGCUUAUGGCUGUACGUUAUUGACUCGGUGAUGGGGCUGGAGAAAAGCAUUCAUCAAAUACUAGAUCACGUGGAGAUAGCCGACUUCAAUAAUGGUAGACCUACAAUGCUGGCGAGUUCUCUGAACUGCUUGACUAGUGCUAUUGGAUUACGAAUUAUUAUUGGAAGAUCAAAGCAGUGUUUUGACUUUACAUCAACUCUCUACUUCUUUCAUAUGAUCAUAACAUGGAUCUAUUCUGGAAUCCCCACCCACUGGGGCUGGUGGGUCCUUAACGCCAUGUGUCUAGCUCUCACAACUGUACUGGGUGAGUUUCUCUGCAUGAGAGCAGAGAUGUCAGCAAUCCCUGUCACAUUUGCUUUGUCCAACCACUGACAAAGGGAUUGGUGUCACACUGUUUCCUAUCUCCACGACAACAAACCUGAACAAGUGAGGUGACAACUGUACACAUAACUUGGAAUUCAAUCUAAGAGAU